AUGUCUAUUGCCAAUAGAAACGAUGCUGUGGAAUUCAAUGACGUCGUAGAUUUAAAUCGGGAAUGGAAAUGCUUACAUUUAAUUAGCCAAACACCGAAAAAUGAUUAUGCUUUAGUAAAUUACGAUGAUAAUCAUUGGAAAACGAUUGAACUACCACAUUGUGAAACUAUAAACGAUACAUCAGCAUAUUGGUAUCGUAAAAAAUUUCACUGGAGAUACAAAUCAAAUAUUUCACAACAAAUUUAUUUAAAUUUUCCUUCAGUUGACAAUGACAAUAGAAUACCAGGAAUUAUUUUAUGGUUAAAUGAAGAGUUAGUUUUUACCGGUACACUUUCAAAGCAACCAAUAGAAAUUACAUCAUAUUUACAUAGAAACGUGGAUAACGUUAUUGCUAUUUGUUCAUCAGACGGUUACUCGCUUUCAUUAAAUGCUUAUAUAUUUAUGCCCAAGGCUUCUAUCGGUCAAUUGAAUUAUGAUCAUAUUGAUGAAAACACAUUAAAGCCAAAACGUAAAAAACUGGACUAUACAGCAUGUUUUAGUGAUACCGAUGGACUUAUUGAUGUUGUGAUUGAUUCAACACAAAAAAUGGACGAAGAACAAUAUUCAUCAGUUGAAGAUGAAUGGGUCAAUAUAUCUAGGCUAGAUAUUGAUCAGUCCCAAGAAACAGUCAUCGCAGGUCAUAUACCACGUCUUGCUAUACUUAUACUGAUUGUUGGAACACGUGGAGAUGUUCAACCUUUUAUUGCUUUAGCAAAAACAUUACGUUCGUAUGGCCAUCGAGUUCGUCUUGCUACACAUGAAGUGUUUCGAAAGUUCGUUCGAGAAAAUGGAAUUGAAUUUUAUCCAUUAGCUGGUGAUCCAGCUGAUCUUAUGUCAUUUAUGGUAAAAAAUGCCGGCAUUGUUCCAUCCGUUAGUAGUAUUGUAUCUGGCGAUGUAGGUAAAAGUCGUCGAAUUAUUGCUGAUAUUCUUAAAUCUACUUGGAAAGCAUGUAUUGACGAAGAUGACGAAACAGGUAUAUCAUUUGUAGCUGAAGCAAUUAUUGCUAAUCCACCAUCAUAUGGUCAUAUUCAUUGCGCACAGAAAUUACAGAUACCACUUCAUAUGAUGUUUACGAUGCCUUGGUCACCAACAAGUGCUUUUCCACAUCCUUUUUGUAAGGUUAAUUACGAUUUAGGACCAACCGAUCUUAUUAACCGAUUAUCAUAUGGUGUCGUGGAUAUGUUGACAUGGUCUGGUAUGCGUGAUAUUAUAAAUGAAUUUCGUGAGAAUACUCUUCAACUGUCAUCUUUGCGUACGAAAGAAGGCUUUCAAGGAUUGACCAUUGAAAAAGUUCCCUAUACUUAUUGUUGGUCACCAUCUCUUGUCCCGAAGCCAGCUGAUUGGCUUCAACAUAUUAGUGUUUCUGGAUUUUUCUUUCUUGAUCUUGCAACAAAUUAUCAACCACCUGAGCGACUUCUUCAAUUUCUUCAAGCUGGUGAUCCACCUAUCUAUAUUGGUUUUGGUUCAAUUACAGGUCACGAUUCACGUCGUAUUCUCAACGUUGUAUUAGAAGCUUUAGCUACAACAGGAUAUCGAGCCGUACUAUUGGGCUUAGCUAAAGAUGAUGAUAUACUACCUGAUAAUGUUUUGAAAAUUGAUAGUUGUCCACAUGAUUGGUUAUUUCAAUAUGUAUCGGCUGUAUGUCAUCAUGGUGGUGCUGGCACAACCGCUGCUGGUCUUCGUGCUGGUAAGCCAACCAUUGUUGUUCCAUUUUUUGGUGAUCAGUUUUUUUGGGGAGCAAUGAUUGCGAAAAUUGGUGCUGGUCCAACACCUAUCCCUGGCAAGCGUCUAAAAGUUCAUGAGCUGUGUGAAGCAUUUCGGAUGGUUCAUCAAACAAGUACACGUGAAGCUGCCGAAAGAUUACAAGCUGCAUUUGAACAUGAAAAUGGAUGUGAUGCUGCGGUUCAUGCAUUUCAUUCUAAUUUACCAUUAGAAAAAAUGCAAAGUGAUAUUGAAUCUACAUUUGGGGCAUGCUAUUGGCUGAAAGAUUAUAAUUUGAAACUAUCCCGUCCUGUUGCACAAGUUCUUGUUAGUGCUGAAGUGAUAAAAGAAUCAGAAUUGAGUGUACAUUCGACGUACAGUUGGAGUAGACUAGAAAAAAAUGAUCGUCCUCAUUUUCCUAUUUAUGGUAUGAUAAGACAUGGACAAAAAGCUUACAAUUCUUUAUUUAUCGAUACGCCGAGACGUUUACGCCGUGCAACAAGUUCAAGUAAUUUAAUUGCUGGUGCACGUGACAGUGCAGAAUGUAUUGCUAAAGGUGUUGGGAAAAGUCUGGGACAUGCAUCAAUUGGUUGUUUAUCAUUGUAUGGUGAUGUAACUGAUGUUCUCGAACGUUUGCCACAAUUAUAUGAUCCAUAUUCGGAAUGUGAUAAACAUAAACAACCACACAUAGACGGUAUUCAAUCAGGGGCUAAAGCCGCUGGAAAUUCUGUGUGGCAUGGAUUUAAAGAUGGUAUAGCUGGAUUAAUAAAAAAACCUCGAACAGGCUUUCAACGUCAUGGAAUCAUUGGUGGUGCAGCUGGUGCAGCUGUUUCUAUACCAAGUGUUGUUAUUAAACCUGUUGCUGGUACAUUAGCGUCAAUAACAUGGUUAAGUCGAGGUGUUUAUGCCGAAGCAAAACAUUUCAAGAAUAAAAGUAAUCCUGAUUCGGGUAAUCAAUCACCAGUAUCUCGUCCUUACGGACAUAGACGAACAGCUUCUGGGCCACAGAGUUACCAGACGGAUACUUCACCAGAAGGACGAGCUUCAUUUGAAUCCGGUUUAACAAUCGAUAAAUGCACAGAAAUUUUGACUGAAUUUGAACGAAUUAAAAAUGAACGGGAAUCAAUGUCCAUCAACAGUAAUAAAUCAUCACCACGGAAAAAAGAAAACAAAAUAAAAAGAUUAUUUCAACGACAACGUAGUGGCUCAGCUACUUAA